CGCGUUUCAUGUUUGUGAACCAGUCACAAACUUCGUUAGGGUAAACGCCAUUUUGCUGAUUGUUUCGUAGAGCGUGGAGUUGGUGAAGCGUUUUCUGUCAAUUAAGUAAAAUCUGCAAUUUUCUUUUCUAACUUGUAGAUCACCAAAGAGCCGUAAGUUUGAUUAAUAAUAUUUACAAUUUACGAAACAACCAUAUCUUGCUGGCAUAAGAUCAAAAACUAGAAUAUUACCGAUAUUUUUCAAUGGCGAGGUAUCCUUUUUUCAAAUUGUUCCAACGAUUUUGUUGCACAUGUUGCAGUUUUUCUUGUACAUUAAUCCUUCAAGUCUUAAUAACAAAUUAUGAAAUAUUAUAUUUGCAAUUAUUUUAACAUUUGAUCGGAUAUGACCGACCUCCAAAUUUUUGAAGGACUGUUAUUAUAAAUUUAAUACAGUACAAAUGAUGUAAUACGUAUUUAAGUGAAAAUUUAAGUAAUAAAAGAGUAAAAGAGACGAUAAAUUGUUAGAAUAUGUUACAUGUAAAUAGUAAAUAAUAAUUAUGAAAUAUUUAAAUGAAAAAAGUCAAGAUAUAUUUAUAUGUGUUGUUACGCAUUUUAUUCUAGAUUACAACCAUGUCGAAUGGAAGUGGAGAUCAUGAUGACGAAGGCUACGUUGUUAAAUUGCGUGGACUUCCAUGGUCUACCACUGUUGACGAAAUCAUGAAAUUCUUCAGUGAUUGUUCCAUCACAAAUGGUAAAAAUGGUGUACACAUGACAAUGUCAAGAGAGGGCCGUCCAAGUGGAGAAGCUUACGUUGAAAUGGACACACUUGAAGAUAUUGAAAAAGCUUGUAAACGAGAUAGGGAUCACAUGGGCCAUCGUUACAUAGAAGUUUUUAAAGCAAAAAGAGGUGAAAUGGAGUGGGUAGUUAAGAGAAGUGGCAUGAAUCUAGAGAAUGCUAUGGAUGAUGGUUGCGUGAGAUUACGUGGUCUACCAUUUGGCUGUUCUAAAGAAGAGAUUGCUCAGUUCUUCUCAGGGUUGGAGAUAUUGCCGAACGGGAUUUCACUACCGACAGACUACACGGGCCGCAGUACUGGGGAGGCUUACGUUCAAUUUGUUAACAAAGAUGUUGCGGAGCGCGCUCUGCAGAAACACAAGGAAAAGAUAGGACACAGGUGGGGCACUGACGCUAGCUGGGUUUGGGUAUACUUAUGACUUUUCAAUAUCAUUUUAUGAUCGUAGUACAUGUAGGUAUAUAAAUUUUGUUAGUAAAUAGCGGGAACGAAUCUUUAUAUAUUAGACGCAGUUUCUUUAUUAUCUUAUCUUACAAAUAGGAAGACGUUUUUGCAUUAAAA